AAAAUGAUUAUGUAUCAGAAGUCAAGAGUUCAGUUCACGCAGCUGUAGGGUUAAGACUUCAGUAGAAAGCACCAACAUUUUGCAAAAAGUCAGAUAAGGCCCUGUUCCAAUACCAGUAAAGAGAAAGGUAAAAGUGAAGGCCUACUAACCAUGCUAACUAUCAAUACCACAUGAAAACAUUUUGACAAUAAUAGAAUCCUUAUCAAGGCCUGCAUGUAGGCAUACCCUUACGAAAAUACUUGCAUUUAUGUAAUUGGUCAUUUAGUUUAUCUAUUAGUUUGCAAAAUAUCUUAGGAAUGUAGGAGGUUGAUAUGAUUAAAAUGAUCAGGACUGUAUUGCAUUUAAUAGCUGAAAUAAAUAAGUUGUUUUCAUUCAUUUUCAGCACGGGCAAAAUUGGACGAAAUGCGUCAUCCAGCCACUGGUGGUGGGGGACGUCAACCACCACCAACUGAUGCUGAAGAGGCCUACUACACCAUGAGAGAAGGUGAUCCGAGCAUCAAGGGCCUUAUUAGUGGGUUCGACUCUGAGAUAGCAUGGACAGCAGUGACGCAAGAUGAACACAAGAAUGUUGUGUUUGACUUCCGACUACCAUUACAAUCAGCUGAUGCUGAGACUUCUGCAGGAGGAAUUGCAGCUGUUCUUCCUAGCUCUACUAUAACUAGUAUGUCCUCCAAGCCUUCAGCAGCCCGAGGAAGUGCCCCUCUUGAACCAAGGUCCACAUGCAAGAGGGUAGCAGGAUCAGCCAGCUGCCCCAGCACUAACAUUGACAAGAACAUGAACAAGGCAGAACUUGCCAAUCUGCUUAAAGCCUCGGUCAAGCCACCAAAGCCGAAAAGAUCUAAGGAAGACCUUGAAAAUCUUUCCUACGAGGUCAUGCAAGAGGAGAAGUUGGCAGCACAGCAGCAACAAAAGUUGAUUGACUGUCAGAUAGCUCUUGUUGGCCUUAAAACUGAUUACAUCAAGCUAAAAAUGGCUAAACUGCACAAGGAUUAAAUCUGCAGUCAAUCAAGUUUUCAUGCCCCUAAGGCAGACGUUACAUAGAGCUUCACGCUUCACUCCUCACGCCUCAUGCUUUACGGUUCACCCGU